AUGGCGCCUCUUACUCGGUUUCGCGCGGACGGCGACCAUGUCCAAUUGCCCCAAGCCUUGGAAUAUUAUUCACAGCGCGCUUCGGUCCCCGGCACUUUAAUAAUAACAGAAGCAACGCUGAUAUCCGAAGCUCACAGUGGCUUCCCCAACGCCCCUGGGCUGUGGACGGACGCCCAGAUUGAGAGCUGGAAGAUAAUCACUGAUGCUGUACACGAUAGAAGAUGCACUAUCUUCUGCCAGCUCAUUGCACCCGGCCGCGCCGCAGUUUUGAAUCCUUUAGAUGGAGGAGCUCGCCAACUCUUGAGCUCGAGUGCAACUCCAAUGACGGAGGAAGAAGACUGCGAUGUUCCCCAGGAGAUGACCCACGAGCAGAUUGCAUCUUGCAUUUCUGAUUUCACGCAAGCGGCAAAAAAUGCUAUCCUGGCUGGAUUUGAUGGCAUUGAGAUUCAUAGUGCAAAUGGAUAUCUUAUUGAUCAGUUCCUUCAAGACAAUUGCAACAAGAGAAACGACCGUUGGGGGGGCAGCAAUGGGAAUAGGGCAAGAUUUGCACUCGAAGUUACGUCUACAAUUGUGGAAGCAAUUGGCGCAGAAAAAGUUGGAUUUCGAAUCAGUCCGUUCAGUCAGUUCCAAGGAAUGAGGAUGACGGACCCAAUUCCGCAAUUUUCUUUUCUUACCGAGAAGUUAAAGCGAUAUCAAUUGGCAUAUCUGCACAUUAUCGAGUCGCGCGUUAAUAAUAACGUGGACGUUGAAUGUACGGAUAGCAUCAGAUUCUUAUUGGAUAUUUGGGGCAAUACAUCGCCGAUAUUUGUGGCCGGUGGUUAUACUCCAGAGAAUGCGCGUCAAGCCGUCGACGGAGAGUAUAGGGAUUACGACGUUGCCGUUGUUUUCGGUCGGCAUUUUCUCGCCAACCCAGAUCUUCCCUAUAGAAUAAAGGGUGGCCAGCCGCUAAACAAAUACGAUCGCGCGAGUUUCUGCACUCCGCUUCUUCCAGAAGGCUACAUUGAUUAUCCAUUCAGCCCAGGAUUUGUUGCUGGCAGAGCUCUUGGUACCAAGGGCACUUCUCUGACCUUGACACAAUAG